GUUUAGUGCGGGACGAGGUUAUAAUAGUAAUAUUGUUUAGAAUCGGUUUCAGGAUGUUUUAGGGUGUAUUUUGUGUACAAUAACAGAAUAAUGGAGCACUUUGAUGAUGAAAUUAGCAGUGUAGAGGAUGAAACUACUUCUUUGUUCAAUAAUGAAUCGUCCUUUGAAAAGAAGUCUGACGAAUAUAACCAUGAUUUGGAUGAUGAUAUGGAAGAUACAAGAUCAGAAUUAAAGUUUGACAGAGCAUUGGAAACCGAAGAAGAAACUGAAAAAAGAUUGUUAAUAGAAGAAGCUUUAAACAAUGAAUACACUACAAUAAAAACUUGGAAGAAAUUUGCUGUAACACAAUAUGGUUUAGUAGCAGAUGAUUUGAGAUGCAAAGUAUGGCCAUUAUUACUGGAAGUAGAUCCAACUUCCAAUGAAAAAAUACCCUCUCUAGAAGAAUUAUCUAGUCAUAGUGAAUAUCAGCAGGUAGUGUUAGACGUUAAUAGGUCUUUAAAGAGAUUUCCUCCAGGCAUUCCAUACAAGCAGAGGCUAGCUCUGCAAGACCAACUAACAGUUCUUAUAUUACGUGUCAUUAUAAAAUAUCCACAUCUACGAUAUUACCAGGGUUAUCACGACGUCGCCAUAACAUUUUUAUUAGUGGUAGGGGAAGUAGUAGCUUUUAGAAUCAUGGAAAACCUCAGCACGACUCAUUUGAGAGAUUGUAUGGAGCCCACCAUGGAGAAAACUUCCUAUAGGUUAAAUUACAUUUAUGCCCUUUUGUCAAAAGUCGAUCAUGAUCUCUAUAAUUUUUUAGAAAGUGCUUCAGUAGGUACAAUGUUCGCACUUCCUUGGUACCUGACGUGGUUCGGCCACUCCCUCAACCAAUACAAAGACGUGGUGCGAUUGUAUGACUUUUUCCUGGCCUCGCCCCAGGACAUGUCGCUCUACGUCUCCGCAUCUCUUGUCAUUUACAGAAGGCAAGAAGUGUUCGCAGAAGGCUGUGAUAUGGCGAGCAUUCACUGCCUGCUGUCCCAGAUACCAGACAAUCUAAACUUCGAAGCCAUCCUGGAGAAGGCUUCAGAGUACUACAGGAAGUUCCCGCCGGAGAAGCUGGAACAGUUGGUGAAGAGACGGGUGGAAAAAGAGCUGGAACAACGAAAACGAGAAGAACAGCUGAUGAGGAAGAGGCUGAACAGGAACAAAAGCGUCUGGCACAGGAUAAACGGGAAUCUGCCCGCUUGGUGUAUAUUCAAGGGAAAGUACGGAUUGCUAUUUGCCGCUGCCACCGUCCUGCUCGGCUAUAUUUAUUACUUGCGGUUCACCGAAGGACGCCAUCCAUUCAAAAGCAUCUUCAAUACAUGACAUUUGCUGGUCCCUGGUACUAUUAGGUCUAUUACCCAUCAAAGAUUUUAUACCAUUUUUUAAUUUAUUUUUAUAAUGUGUACAUACUAUAUACUAUUACCUUAAGAAAAAAGAAGAGUAAAUAUUCGUUUAUGAAGACUUAUUAAAUAUAAAGAGGUAAAAAAUGCUUAAUUGUCUGUAGAAGAGGCAACAGUGUACUCGAUAACAUAAAUACCGGGGAAAGGUAAAAAGUUCUCAAUUCGGUAUUAAAAAAAUUAGU